AUGAGUCUUAAUGAGCAGACUAAGCCGCGUGUUAAUGCCUCUCUUUUGCCUAAUUUUCAUGGAAGACAAGUUUGCCUACUUGGUUUUGCUAAAAAUGUCGACAGUGCUGGCCAAUUUUUCACUUUGACCGCAAGCGAUAAUCAAGAUGUCAAAAUCCAAAUGCAAGAUCCUCUGAAUCAAAGGGUGUCUGGCCUAGUAGAAGUACACGGAACAGUCACAUCCAAGAACUCACUGCGCUGUGAUCAUCUUGUUACUUUCUCAGAAGAAGAAUCUCAACAGUUUGAUGUGGCCUUAUAUCAGAAGGCUAUAGAAUACACACACAGAUGCUCCAGUCUUUACAUACAAGGAGGGAUUAUGGAGGAUUAA